GGAGGCCGAGAGGGGGCAGCAGGCGAUGGCGGCGGCGGCGGCGGCGGGUCGGCUAGGCUGGUUGCUCGCUGCGUUCUGCCUGGGCAACGCCGCCGGGGAGGCGGCGUCGGGCCCGCGAGUGCUGGGUGUCUGUCUGGAGGAGGACAGGGCCGCGGGCGCGGGGUGGGCGAGCGGAGGGGAGGUGCGGGCCGCGCCGGAGGCCACCUUCCGCUUGCGCCUCUUCGGCUCGGGCUUCGCCAACAGCUCCUGGUCCUGGGUGGCCCCCGAGGGGGCGGGCUGCCCCGAGGGCGGGCCGGCCUUGGCGCCCGAGGCGGCGGCCCCCACGGGCGAGUGGCGCGCGCUGCUGCGUCUGCGCGCCGAGCUCGUGCGCCCGCGCUCGGCGCUGCCGCCUGUGCGUGGGGAGCCGGGCGGCGCGGCGGCCGAGGAGGCGGCGGCCCCCACGGGCGAGGGGCGCGCGCUGCUGCGCCUGCGCGCCGAGGCCGUGCGCCCGCACUCGGCGCUGCUGGCCGUGCGUGCGGAGCCGGGCGGGGCGGCGGCCGAGGAGGCGGCGCCGCCCUGGGCGCUGGGCCUGGGGGCGGCGGGGCUGCUGGCGCUGGCGGCGCUGGCGCGGGGCUUGCAGCUGAGCGCGCUGGCGCUGGCACCGGCCGAGGUGCAGGUGCUGCGCGAGAGCGGCUCGGAGGCGGAGCGUGUGGCGGCGCGGCGCCUGGAGCCCGUGCGGCGCUGGGCCGGCUGCGCCCUGGGCGCGCUGCUGCUGCUGGCCAGCCUGGCGCAGGCGGCGCUGGCGGUGCUGCUGUACCGCGCGGCCGGCCAGCGCGCCCUGCCCGCCGUGCUGGGCAGCGCGGGGCUCGUGUUCCUGGUGGGCGAGGUGGUGCCGGCCGCCGUGAGCGGGCGCUGGGCGUUGGCGCUGGCGCCGCGCGCGCUGGUCCUCAGCCGCCUGGCCGUGCUGCUCACUCUGCCCGUGGCGCUACCCGUGGGGCAGCUGCUGGAGCUGGCGGCGCGGCCCGGGCGGCUGCGUGAGCGCGUGCUGGAGCUGGCGCGCGGCGGCGGAGACCCCUACAGCGAUCUCAGCAAGGGCGUGCUGCGCUGCCGGACGGUGGAGGACGUGCUCACGCCGCUCGAGGACUGCUUCAUGCUGGACGCCAGCGCCGUGCUGGACUUCGGCGUGCUGGCCAGCAUCAUGCAGAGCGGCUACACGCGCAUCCCCGUGUACGAGGAGGAGCGCUCCAACAUCGUGGACAUGCUCUACCUCAAGGACUUGGCCUUCGUGGACCCCGAAGACUGCACGCCGCUCAGCACCAUCACCCGCUUCUACAAUCACCCACUCCACUUCGUCUUCAACGACACCAAGCUGGACGCCGUCCUGGAGGAGUUCAAGCGAGGGAAGUCCCACCUGGCCAUCGUGCAGAAGGUGAACAACGAGGGUGAAGGUGACCCCUUCUACGAGGUGCUGGGCCUGGUCACCCUGGAGGACGUCAUUGAGGAGAUCAUCAAGUCAGAGAUCCUGGACGAGUCUGAAGACUACCGAGACACCACAGUGAGGAAGAAGCACACUUCCCUGAGUGCCCCUCUCAGGCGGAAAGAGGAGUUCUCCUUGUUCAAGGCGUCUGACGAUGACUGCAAAGCGAAAAUCUCGCCCCAGCUGCUGUUGGCCACCCAGCGCUUCCUUUCCCGAGAGGUGGAUGUGUUCAGCCCACUGCGAAUCUCCGAGAAGGUCCUGCUGCACCUGCUGAAGCAUCCCAGCGUCAACCAGGAAGUGAGGUUUGACGAGAGCAGCCGCCUGGCUGCACACCAUUACCUGUACCAGCGCAGCCAGCCGGUGGACUAUUUCAUUCUCAUCCUGCAGGGCAGGGUUGAGGUGGAGAUCGGGAAAGAGGGCCUGAAGUUCGAGAAUGGGGCCUUCACCUACUAUGGAGUGUCUGCCCUGACAGCACCGUCGUCGGUUCACCAGUCCCCAGUGUCCUCGCUCCAGUCCAUCCGCCAUGACCUGCAGCCCGAGCCAGCCGACGGCACCCGCUUGUCUGCGUAUUGUCCUGACUACACCGUGAGGGCCCUCUCUGACCUGCAGUUCAUUAAGGUCACGCGGCUGCAGUACCUCAAUGCACUCCUGGCCACCCGAGCCCAGAACCUGCCACAGUCCCCUGAGAACACGGACCUCCAGGUCAUUCCAGGCAGCCAGACCAGGCUCCUCAGUGACAAGACAGCCACAGCAGCAGGGUCCAACCACAGCAGACCGGGCCUCCCAGCCGAGGAGAGCCCUGGGCGGAACCCAGGAGUUUAACUGCUUGCCAGGAGCCCCAGGUCUGGGGAGUGGACAAGCACAUGGGGAGCUGGGGAGAGCCGAGGAGUCACUUCCUGCCAGCCUGUCCCCUUCCCCUCCAGGCCACGUUUUAGAUGGCCCUUAUCGAUGCGGGUCCUGGGCUGUCCUCAGAACAAGACUUCGGUGCCAAGAGCCUUCAGCAGGUCCUGCCCUCCUUUAGGAAACGGGGGUCAGCUGGGGCACAGCCCUGCAGGCCUGCUUCUGAGGGAAUGAAAGAGCAGCGUCAUCUCCAGUCCCUGGGCCCAGCCUUCUCCCUGUGACAGUGCGGUGUAUUUAUACCUCUUUGGGCCAAGCCAUGAUGUGAGUGCACGAUUACUGCCUUUAUGUGGCCGUGACCUGUACUCACUUUGCUUUUAAUUUGCCCCCCUCCUGCUGCUGGCAGCACUCUUUGAGCAAACCAAGAGCACCAGUUUUGGCUGGGGGUUCAAAUCCAUGGCCUUGGCCACGGUGAACUGUUUGGCUUUCCUUACAUUGCUGUGUUUCAAGCACACGCCCUAGGCUGUCCCACGUGCCAAACCUAGAAGCACGAUUACCCACAAGUCUGUCCCACUGGUACUGCUCCCUCCUGUGGAGGCUGCUUUUCUGCCCAUCCCAGAGCACUGAGCAAGCACGCUGGCCCCAGGGGGACUAAGGGGGCCUGCUCUUUCUGCUGUUCCUCUGCCUGCCUUGCCUGGUUGCCCCUGACAGUAUUGUCUUUGUCUGUGUUUUAAGAAGAGGUCACACGUGGGAGGAAGGGAUCUUUCUGCUGCACCUAAUGCUGUCUUCACUGCCGGGUCCCAGGGAGAGUCACUAUUAGACCAAUUUGGUUCCUUCCUCCUAGGCCUCUGUGGGGGUCUGUAUGGCUGUAAUGUGCAUGGAGAACAGGAAGGGAGGGGAGGGUUGGUCAUGGACCACGUACAUCCCCAUCACCUUUCUUUAAAAAAAGAACACAAAAUCAGAGUUUUUCUUCUAUCUCUGAAACAUUUCAAGCUCUUUGCUUUUUUCCUGUUCCAGCUACAGGGUCUUAGAGAAGUGGCACAAGAAGGCAUUUGUCUUUUUCUCCUGGUUUACUGUAUUUACUUUCUGCAGUUCCUCAGCUGUGUAGAAACUGGGGCGUCGCGGGGACUUAGGACCAUAGACUGGAUAGGGAGGGAGAAAGAUGCCUGGAACCUUUCUCAAAGGAGGUUAGGUCUUUAUCUGCAACCAGUGGGAAUGAAGGCCAAAGGACAGGCGCGUGCUCGCUCAGAAACGGUUCUCAAGGAAUUCUCUCCAAGAGCAAACCCAGGCAGGAAACAUACUGUAUAAUCAUCUCUUUCCACCACAGUGGUUCUCAACCUCGGCUGCACAUUAGAAUCAUGUGGCAAAUUAAAAAUACUGAUACCUGGGGCCCACCCCCAGGGAUUCUGAUUUAAUCAGUCUGGGCAUCAGGAUUUUAUUUUUGGAAAUAAUUUUAGCUUCACAGAAGGAUUCCAUGUACCUUUCAGCCAGCUUCCCCCUAACGUUAACAUCUUACGUAAUCUUGGUACAUUUAUCAAAACUAAAAAAUUAACAUUGGUACAAAACUAUUAACUAAAUUACAGACUUUAUUUGGAUUUUACCAGUUUUUCCAGUAAUGUCCUUUUUCUGUUACAGGAUCCAAUGCAGGAUACCAAGUUGCAUUUAGAGCUGUUGCUUUUUUCUUUUUCUAAUUUUUAUUUUGAAAUAAUUAUGGAUUCAUAGGAAGUUGCGAAGAUAGAGGUCCCAUGUACCCUUCACCCAGUUUUCCUCAAUGGUUACAUCUUACAUAGUUAUAAUACAGUAUCAAAACCAGGAAUUGGAUACUGGUGCAGUGUGGGUGUAUAGUUAUAUAUCAUCCUAUCACGUGUAGAUUUGUGUAACUGCCAAUGCAAUCUAGAUACAGAGCUGUCCCAUCACCCCAAGGAUCUCCCUCUGACUACCCCUUUAGAGCCACACCCACCCCCUCCCUUCCGGCCACAUCCCUAAUCCCUGGCAACCACUAAUCUCUUCAUCAUCUCUAUAAUUUUGUCAUUUCAAGAAUGUUGUAUAAAUGGGAUCAUACAGUAUGUGGCCAUUUGGGAUUGGCUUUUGUUACUCACGAAUACUCUGGAGAUUCAUCCAGGUUGUUGCGUGUGUUAACAGUUCCUUUUGAUUGCCGUGUAGUAUUCCAUGGUAUACUCAUUGUUCUGUUUAAGGACAUCUGGGUGGUUUCCAGUUUUUGGCUAUUCCAAAUAAAGCUGCUAUGAACAUUCAUUACA